AUGUCGAUAACCCUCGACGGCCCUGCUAUAUUUACUCUUGCCACUUCUCUCGUGCUGAGUGUGCAUUUCUUUGAGCCCUCGUUCAUUACCUUGAUUAUCACGGUCGUGCCUUUACUACUCUACGUCCAAAAUGAUUUCAAAAACUACCUCAAUCUUGGCCCGGGAGGAACACCGGCAACUUUUCAUGGAUAUCUCACGAUCAACUGGUUCCGAUUAUGGGCUCUGCGGGAUCCGUUCACGCCGCCUCUGCCCGAUCCAACCAGUCAUCCAUCAGCUGGUGUGUUAAAGAAAAGCCCACUUCCUCAUCGCCGUGGUCCAAGACCGACAGUGGCUGGUAUAGCGCCCCAGCGCCAGGUUGACCAGCAGGGGUCCGAGGAAUGCUACAUGGCACUGCGCAAGGUGUUGGAGAGCCAUGGCAAUAAGCAUAAAGACGACAUUGGGCUGGGGACAUCCUGCUUCGAGAAACACGGUCUGGGACUUUUUGCUCGCCAUCCUGUCAACAAUACGUGCAUGGGCGAAAUUUGUCACGUCCACAGUUCGGACCACUCGAUGCAUAUGAAUCUGCACCCAGACGACGUUCGGGAAGUGCUCGCCAAAGGUUGGGGACAGAGACACCCGCUUGCUUGGAAAGGCCGUUGGUUCCGGAUGCCCGUGCCAAGGCAGUUCGUCAUGGUGUACGCCCCACGGACCAUGGACGAGGUUCGAAUCGUCUGUCGGAUCAUCGAGGCUGCUGGAUGGUGGGUCAUGGCCAAGGAGCAGAUGAUUGAUACUCUGGAUACCAAUGCAUCAUCUUUUUAG